UUGGUUGUUUGGUAACUGAAAUGCUCAUGGGGGAACCCCUAUUUCCUGGAGAUUCUGAUAUUGAUCAGCUGUAUCAUAUUAUGAUGUGUUUAGGUAAUCUAAUUCCAAGACAUCAGGAGCUGUUCUAUAAAAAUCCUGUGUUUGCUGGAGUAAGAUUGCCUGAAAUCAAGGAAACAGAACCUCUUGAAAGACGCUAUCCUAAGCUUCCUGAUGUGGUGAUAGAUUUAGCAAAGAAAUGCUUACAUACUGACCCAGACAAAAGGCCCUUCUGUGCCGAGCUCCUACACCAUGAGUUUUUUCAAAUGGAUGGAUUUGCUGAGAGGUUUUCUCAGGAACUACAGUUAAAAGUACAGAAAGAUGCCAGAAAUAUUUCUUUAUCUAAAAAAUCCCAAAACAGAAAGAAGGAAAAGGAAAAAGAUGAUUCCUUAGGUGAAGAAAGAAAAACACUUGUAGUACAGGAUACCAAUGCUGAUCCUAAAAUUAAGGAUUAUAAAGUAUUUAAAACAAAAGGGCCAAAAAUUGAUGGACAAAAAGUUGAAAAAGGCAGUAGAACUUCAAAUGCCAGCUGUCUCCAUGACAAUGGGGCCAGCUAUGUCAAAACAGUGCCUUCAACAAGCCUCAGAGAUGGCAGCAAUGUCACCGUGGAUCACACAAGGAACCCAGGCAUGGCAAUUCCCCUACUUACGCACCACCUUUCUGCAGUUGUUCCCAGGAUUAAUUCUGGAGUGGCGACUAUACCAGCAGUUCAGAGUUACAGAGUGGAUGAGAAAACUAAGAAGUAUAGUAUUCCAUUUGUUAAACAGAAUAAACAUUCCUCAUCAGGCAUUUAUAAUAUUAAUGUGAACACAUCAGUCUCUAGUGAAAAGGGCCUCCUUCAGGCAAAUAAGAAAAGAAGAGAAUACUCCAAGACAGAUGUCCGUUUGCCUGAACUAAACUGUAAUCAUCUCCCUGAACUAAGAGCCUUGGAAGGCAAAGCUCGAAAUCCCAAGCUAGUAAAGAAAGAGAACAAAAUUCUUUCAGAAUCUCGAAUUCCUUCUCUGGCUGCUGUUGACUUCCACACCCCCAGUAUUGCAUUACAUCAGGUAUCAGGAGCUCCCCUGUCAGAUGACUCGGAGCCUGAUUUGCCUCGAAUGGAACACCAGCACUGAGAUCACUUUGGUUCUGAACUGGAUGCUGCUCUAGCAUUCGAGAUGACAUCCUAUGCAACAAGAAUGCUGCUAUCCUAGGAGGAGAGAUUUGUGGGUUUGACCAUUUCCUUCUGAACCACCCGUGUUUUCUGAGAAAGGCCUUGCAGAGGAAGGAGAGACAGAGACUUCCAAAUACGAAGACUGAACAAGGGCCCCGCCCCAACUCUUAGCCUGUCGCCUUUCAAGUCCACAGAUGCUAUUUCAAGAUAUAUCUGAUGAAAGAAUAGUGUUACAGUUCUUGUUCCACGAAUGUGUAUUUACUGUGAGUAGAUUGUAUAUUUAAAGUUAAAGAUUAAAAGUAUGUAAAAAAGAGAGAGAGAAACAUUAUAAAAGGUCAUGUAUCCAUGCACUGAACUUUGUGUGUUAUCUGUAUAAAUGUGUACAUUUAUUUAGGAGUGGGUUCAGUGGGGUAAGCGAUAAAAACUAGGAUCAGCAAGAGAAAAUGUUUCCUUUACCCUAACUUAACUAUAAAAACACACUUAAAAAUCUUACUUGUU